AUGAAUCGCACGUAUCGCGGCGGGUCGGUCACUCCCGAUCCGUCCCUAUUCACCGCGGUGAUGGAGGGCCAGUGGGAGAUCGUCCGCGAGAAGCUUCUCGCAUUGGCCACCACCGCGGCGAUCAUGACCGCGGUGGCCAUCUCCGUGUCCAUCCUGCUCCUCUUCCUCUCCCUCGCGCUCGUCGUGGUGUUCAGGAUCCUGGUCGUGCCCACCACCCCGGCGUCCACGAGGCAGGAGCUGGUGUUUGAUUACGUCCCCGCCGCGCCCACCGCCGUGAGCUCCUUCCUGGGCGCCAAGGAGACCAAGGCGCUGGCGCUGUACGACAACCCCAAGCUCAUCACCGAUGCGGCGCUGACAUCCUCAAGGGUGCUCACCCCUGGGCAGAGGUUCGACGUGUCCGUGUCGCUGACGCUCCCGGAGACGAGGCACAACGUCGACGCGGGGGUGUUCCAGGUGAGAGCCGAGCUGCUCACCGCGCGGGGGGAGGUGAUCGCGAACGCCACGAGGCCGGCGAUGCUGGCGCACACGGGCACGGAGGUGAGGCUGCUGAGGCUGCUCGUGUCGUGGCCGCUCCACGCCUUGGGUCUGGUCGAGGAGGUGAGGACGGUGACGCUGCCCAUGUUCGAGGGGGUUGGCGAGCGGCUCACGCGGCCGUUUGCGGGGGUGAGGGUGACGGUCGUGCCUCGCGCGGGCGGCGGGCCGAACGCGGUGCCGCAGAUGUGGAGGGCGCACGCGGAUCUGAGGAUGGACAUGUCAGCGCUCACCAGGUUCCUGUACCACUACCCGGCGAGUUCCUUCGCGGUGAUGGUGCUGGUCACGUGGGGGUACCUGUGCGCCGCCGCUUUGCUCGUCUUUGCCGCAGCCGCAGCCGCCGGGGUCGUGCGGGUGCCCACCAGCUUCGCCGGUGAGGUUGUUCGCAGGGCGAGCGCCGCGGACGGCAAGCAGCGGCUGGAUCCCUUCUUCGACGGGAUGGGUCUCACCACCAGCUCGGACGACGAGGCCGUCUCCGCGGGUCCCACCCCGUCCAGGCUCAGCGCCGACUCGGAGGGCGGCGAGACGACUACAAACGGGGGCGGCGGCGGCGGCGGCGGCGAGGGACUCCGCCAACGAAGAGGGCGUGAUUUUGAGUGACGGCCUGUAUUUAUGUGAUCCAACAUCGCGCGCGCGUGCGUCUCGAAGCGUCAGUCCCCGCCGUUCGAGGCGUCAGUCCCCGCCGUUCUCGCCCCCCUCUUGUGCGGCAGCAGCCAUCUUGUGCUCCACAAACUCGUCGAUGAGGUACGGCCACGCGCCAGCCGGAUCGUACCCCUCCAGGUCGGGUCCGAUCUGCCUGGAGAACUCCAGCGCCUGGCUCCAUGUGUCGUGCGUUAUGGGUUUGCCGUGGUCCUUCUCCAGGAACUCGCACCACUCGUCCACCAGCGCCCACUUCCCCGUCAACAGCACCUUCCACAUCGCGCACGCAAUCUCGAGGGGCAGGCUCUUUUGGUUGGGCUCCUUGGCGAAACCGAACGAGAACUCGUACACGUCCUUGAAUCCCCUCUCAUCCUCCAGCUCCUUUCUGAGCUCUGGGAUCUUUGACUUGAUCUUCGCGGCGGUGUCCGCGCCCAUCCGCCUCAGGCCGGAGGUGAACUCCUCCUUGGUGUACUUGCCCAUGGUCUGCGCGCCCAUCUUGAGGGACACGACCAAGAUCACCGGGUCCAUCGCGUCGAUGCCUAUGUCCUCGCAGAAACGCUCGAUGCCCUCAGCGCCCACCAUUUCCUCGUCAUCGUCAUCCGCGCGGUAAGUAGCGUACGUCGCCUCGACCUGCUCGGGGUUCGUCGACCCACCAAGAGAGCCCACCGGGGAGGUGAAGAACAUCUCCAAGCCAACCUCCAGGUCCCACCGCGCAUCUUUCAGGAUCUUGAGCGCCACCUCCUCGUCCGCGUCCGCGACCGCGGCGAACCGACGGACCUUGUCCUUCUGUGCCCGGUUCAGCUUGUUCAUGUGGCCG